UUAUGAAUUUGCACAUGCUUGUUUAUUUGUUUAUAUAUCCAAAUAAACAUUGAGCUAUUUUUAAACUAAAUAAUAAUCAGCUAAUUAUGACAAUGGAAGAAAAUAAUCAUCCAAUAGUAUGUGUACCUGGUCAAAGACUUUGUUUGUCAAAUAAAUUAAAUUUACCUGGACCUGGAACAUAUGAAUUACAUGGAUAUAUUUAUUCAAAACUUGCUGGAAUUGUGGAGACAGUUGUUGAUGAUAAAACAAAAACAAUAAUGGUACAUGGAACAACAGAACAAAGUAUUGUACCAGCACCAGGUGAUAUUGUAACAGCAAUGGUGACACUGGUUAAUCAAAGAUUUGCUAAAUGUAUAUUAAAAUGUAUUGGUGAUGUUGUAUUAACAAGACCUUACAGAGGUAUGAUAAGAAAAGAAGAUGUCAGAGCAACUGAAAAAGACAGAACUGAAUUGUACAAGUCAUUUAGACCUGGUGAUAUUAUACUUGCAAGAGUUAUGCCAAUGACUGAAGCUCAUACUUAUUCUCUUAGCACUGCUGAAAAUGAACUGGGAGUUGUUGUUGCACACAGUGAAGAAGGCAUAUCAAUGGUUCCCAUCAGUUGGACUGAAAUGCAAUGUCCAAAAACAUUAUCAAAAGAAUUAAGAAAAGUUGCUAAAGUUGUACCAGAAAAAGUUGCCCAAGAAACAUCAUAAUUUUUAUAUUAAUUAAUAAUAAAAUUUAUAUUUAA